AUGAAUGCCGAGGAGGACGCCAAGUGGCUUCAGUGGGUGACGCACCAGUUUAAGACCAUUGCAGGAGAAGAUGGGGAAAUCAACCUGCAAGACUUCAAAAAAGCCCUGAAGGUGAAAGAGUCUUUCUUUGCUGAGAGAUUCUUCAUCCUGUUUGACUCGGAUGGAAGUGGCACCAUCACACUUCAGGAGCUGCAGAAGGCACUGACCCUGCUCAUCCACGGCAGCCCCAUGGACAAACUCAAAUUCCUCUUCCAGGUGUAUGAUGUCGACGGUAAGCAUCCUUUGUGGGAUGGGAGGAGGACUCAGAGGGAGGGACAAAGGGAGCGGCCCAUCUCAGUGACUACCCAGCACUGGGCUAACACUUCACCUGAAACAGGCAGCGGCUCCAUCGACCCUGACGAGCUGCGCACCGUGCUGCAGUCGUGCCUGUACGAGAGCGCCAUCUCGCUGCCCAAGGAGAAGCUAGACCAGCUGACGCUGGCGCUCUUCGAGUCAGCCGACAAGGACUGCAGCGGCACCAUCACCUUCGAGGAGCUCCGAGACGAGUUGCAGCGCUUCCCCGAGGUCAUGGAGAACCUGACCAUCAGUGCUGCUCACUGGCUAACGCCUCCAGCUCCCCGGCGACACCGGCGCCAGCCUCGCCCGCUGACCUCUGCCUACUGGCACAACCACCGCAGCCACGCGCUCUGCCUGGCCGUCUUUGUGGGCCUCCACGUGCUGCUGUUUGCCCUGGCAGCUCAUGCCUACCGGGCCUUUGGAGCCAGCAUCAUGGUGGCCAAGGGCUGCGGCCAGUGCCUCAACUUUGACUGCAGCUUCAUCGCGGUGCUGAUGCUCAGGCGCUGCCUCACGUGGCUCCGGGCCACGUGGCUGGCUCAGGUCCUGCCGCUGGACCGCAACAUCCAGUUCCACCAGCUUAUGGGCUACAUGGUGGUUGGGCUCUCCCUCGUGCACACUGUGGCCCACGUGGUGAACUUCGCGCUCCAGGCUCAGUCUGAGGCCAGUCCCUUCCGGUUUUGGGAACUCCUGCUCACCACGAGGCCUGGCAUCGGCUGGGUCCACGGCUCGGCCUCCCCGACUGGCGUGGCUCUGCUCCUGCUGCUGCUCCUCAUGUUCGCCUGCUCCAGCUCCUGUGUCCGCAGGAGUGGCCACUUUGAGGUGUUCUACUGGACCCACCUGUCCUACCUCCCCAUGUGGCUCCUGCUCAUCCUGCAUGGGCCCAACUUCUGGAAGUGGCUGCUGGUCCCUGGCACGUUGUUCUUCCUGGAGAAAACCAUCAGCCUGGCAGCGUCCCGCAUGGCAGCCCUGCACAUUGUGGAAGUCAAUCUCCUCCCUUCCAAGGUCACUCAUCUCCUCAUCAAGAGGCCCCCUCUUUUCCACUACAGACCUGGUGACUACUUGUAUCUGAACAUCCCCAGCAUCGCACGCUAUGAGUGGCACCCCUUCACCAUCAGCAGUGCUCCUGAGCAAAAAGACACCAUCUGGCUACACAUCCGGUCGGAGGGUCAGUGGACCAACAGGUUGUUUGAGUCCUUCAAGAAAUCAGACCCAGUGUUAUGUGGUCCCAAGAGGCUCUCGAGGAGCUUGGAGAUGAAGAGGAGUCAGAGGAAGCCCCAGGUCUGCGAGAUGUCCUCUGAGAACCACCAGUUCUGUAACAUCAAGUGCUACAUCGAUGGCCCUUAUGGGACCCCCACUCGCAGGAUCUUUGCCUCCGAGCAUGCUGUGCUCAUUGGUGCAGGCAUUGGCAUCACGCCCUUUGCCUCCAUCCUGCAGAGCAUCUUAUACAGACACCAGAAGAGAAAGCACAUUUGUCCCAAUUGUCAGCACUCCUGGAUGGAGAGUGGUCAGGACGAGGACAUGAAACUCCACAAGGUGGACUUCAUCUGGAUUAACCGAGACCAGCAGUCUUUCGAGUGGUUUGUGAGCCUGCUGACCAAACUGGAGAUGGACCAGGCGGAGGAGCCGCAGGAGGACCGAUUUCUGGAGCUGCACAUGUACAUGACCUCUGCGCUGAGCAAGAACGACAUAAAGGCCAUUGGUCUGCAGAUGGCCCUCGACCUCCUGGCCCAGAAGGAGAAGAAGGAUUCCAUCACGGGCCUCCAGGCACGCACCCAGCCUGGGCGGCCUGAUUGGAACAAGGUGUUCCAGAAGGUGGCUGCUGAGAAGAAAGGCAAAGUGCAGGUCUUCUUCUGUGGCUCCCCAGCUCUGGCCAAGAUCCUCAAGGGCCACUGUGAGCAGUUCAGCUUCAAGUUUUUCCAAGAGAACUUCUAG